AUGAAGCACUCGCGCGAAGCCAAAAAACCAGCGGACGAGCACAUUGAACACUUACAGCGCCUGAGGAGCCGCAGGCUGAGCACACGACACAGAGACGAACCAAAUAACUCGCCUGAGUCGAUUUACGGGCAGCUAGGUCGAAAAUCUUCAGAAGCUGUGUUACCACAUCAGGCAGAUUCAGGCUCAGAGAGAAGACGAGUAUCUGCCCCCGAAAGAAUCCAUAAUGCGCCUCAUGAGAAGAAACCCAACUGCACUGAUGCUAGGACGACGCCAAAAACAGCUAAGGUGCCUGUGCUAGAGAAGUCGGAAGCGGAAUAUUCUGCAGGGGAUACCAUUCCUCCUGUUAGAGACAUUCCAUGGGAUUUGCCGGAACAAACGGGUACAACCAAUAUUUCAACUGUUGCCUACGAGCCAGCAUAUAUACUGCGGCAAAACGCCGAGUAUUUUGACGCUGACCAGGAUGGAAUUAUCUGGCUAAGGGAUACGUAUAAUGGCUACAGGAAACUAGGAUGGGGCAUUACGUACUCGUGUUUGGUUGCAACUAUCCUCCAUUCAACUCUCUCAUAUCCUACUAUGGACGGUUACACCCCCGACCCGUUACUCCGAAUUCAUUACGACAGGAAUAGCAACGGCAAACAUAGUAUUGGCAACGCCUCUUACGAUGAAAAGGCGCAGGGCAGGGGUAAUCAGGUUUGCGAGAACAUCUUGGCUAAAUACGACAAGAGCAAUAAAGGGGGCAUGGAUAUCCAGGAUAUCCUACGUUUCUGGAAAGACCAGAGAUCCGUAUCUACUUCCUACGGCUGGAGCCUCACUAUUAUAGAAUGGUCGGCCCUAUAUCUUGCACUUCGACACCACAACGGUAUCCUAGGCAGUGAAGACAUCCGCACAGCCUUCGACGGCAGCGCCCUGUUCAAACGAUCCGAGGAGCGGCAGCGGAAAAAUGAGACGCAUCAUAAACAUGCCGGAAACGUUACAAGAAAUGGGGAUAUAAAUAGAAUUGAGAAAAAAUUUGAUCCGCUGAAGCUUGCCGUGGCAAGUGUUGUCGGGCUCGCUAUUCUUAUGUGGGUUUUACUGGGUUUAUACCGUGGCCCUUCCGGCUGGGAAAAAUACUGGAAGAAGGAAGAGACUCCUCAAGAGGCAGAUUGGACGAAACAAGGGUUUGUGGAUAAUUGGUAA